AUGACAGCAAGCGAGACAUUACCAAAGGUUAUAUGCGUAGCAAGAGCACGUAUUCCUACAACACAGGGCCCAGAAAUAUUCUUGCACCUAUACGCAAAUGAUAAGGAUAAUAAAGAGCAUCUGGCAAUAGUAUUCGGCGAAGACAUCCGAUCAAGAACUCUGUUCAAACAGAGAUCUGGAGAGUCUCAACAGGAGCGUAUGAUCAGAGGGGCAUAUGUUGGCAAGCUUUUCCCGGGGAGAACGGUUGCCGACAGGGACGAGCGUGCAGGUAUUGAAUUGAAAUUUUCAAAUGAUGGGGAGUUGAUCACAGACGAACACACAUGGCAUGAUCAAGACACUCUUGUACGGAUCCACUCGGAGUGCUAUACGGGUGAAACAGCUUGGAGUGCUCGUUGCGACUGCGGGGAGCAAUUCGACCGGGCUGGGAAGCUUAUGGCAUUGGAUCGUGAGGGGGACAUCAAAGGAGGCUCUGGAAAGGGUGUCAUCGUGUACCUUAGACAAGAGGGUCGCGGUAUUGGGCUGGGUGAAAAGUUGAAGGCAUAUAAUUUACAAGACUUGGGAGCAGAUACGGUUCAGGCUAACCUGAUGCUAAAACAUCCAGCAGAUGGUCGCGAUUUCUCUUUGGGAAGGGCCAUCCUCAUAGAUUUAGGUAUAGAAAAGGUAAGGUUGUUAACAAAUAACCCUGACAAGGUCGAACAGGUCGAGUACCCACCUUUCCUUCACUGUGUUGAGCGGGUGCCAAUGGUGCCACUUUCUUGGACGAGCGAAGAAGAGGGUAUCCAUUCGACAGAAAUUGAGGGCUAUCUUAGGACAAAAGUCGAGAGAAUGGGCCACCUACUACAAAAGCCUUUGCAGUUGCACACUGCUGACGAGGUGACAAAAACCUCCAUAACGACUCGUUCGAUCUUAUGA